AUGUACCUCGCAAUCAGAAAGAUGCGUUAUUUCCUCUUUUGUCUCCUUUCUCUAUCCCUUCACAUAAACUUCGCGUUCGUUCUCGACAAACAGAAUCCAUAUUCGCAGUUCAGAAAAUGGGAUGCCGCUCUUAAUGGCACAUUGGAGCUUGAAUUUAAAACGGAUCAACCCAACGGUCUACUAUUGUAUACAGAUGACGGCGGCACGUAUGACUUUUUCGAAUUGAAAUUAGUGAAUGGUGCGUUAAGGUUGCGAUACAAUUUGGGUGGUGGUGCGCAAAUUAUAACCGUUGGAAGCAAUUUGAACGAUGGACAUUGGCAUAAAGUUCAGGUUGCUAGACGUGACGAACACACCUCUCUAACAGUGGAUGGAAGCACGCAGAGCAAAACGUCGAGAGGCAAAGAGUUUAACUUUGGAAAAUUCAAUAGUAACUCCGAUGUCUUCGUUGGCGGUAUACCUGCUUCGUAA